CCUCACCAGGCCUGGCGGGACCAGGAUGCUGGCCCUGUACCUGCCCCCCGGCCCCACCCAGCGCCCCCUCCCACCGUAGCGCCCAGGCCUACUGGAGACAGCCGGAUGCCGGCUGACCCCGGGCCCGAGGCGGGCAGCGGCUGGCCGGGCCUCCUCAUGUCCUGCCUGAAGGGCCCCCAUGUCAUCCUCAAGAUGGAGGCCAUGAAGAUCGUCCACCCCGAGAAGUUCCCCGAGCUGCAGGCGGCCGCCCCCUGCUUUCCACCUGCACCCCGGCCCGCCCCAGCUCUGGCACCCAAGCGGGCCUGGCCCUCAGACACGGAGAUCAUCGUCAACCAGGCAUGCGGCGGGGACAUGCCUGCCUUGGAAGGGGCGGCCCGCACCCCACCCCUGCCGCGGCGGCCCCGCAAGGGCAGCGCUGAGCUGGGCUUCCCCCGCGUGGCGCCCGUGGACGAGGUCAUCGUGAACCAGUAUGUGAUGCGGCCUGGUCCCGCAGCCUCCGGGCCCCCCGCAGUGCCGUCACCCGCUGCAGGGGAGCCCCUGGAGUGCCCCACCUGCGGGCACACCUACAACGUCACCCAGCGGCGGCCCCGCGUGCUGUCCUGCCUGCACUCUGUGUGUGAGCAGUGCCUGCAGAUCCUCUAUGAGUCCUGCCCCAAGUACAAGUUCAUCUCCUGCCCCACCUGCCGCCGUGAGACUGUGCUCUUCACCGACUACGGCCUGGCCGCGCUGGCCGUCAACACCUCCAUCUUAAGCCGCCUGCCCCCCGAAGCGCUGACCGCCCCGUCCGGGGGUCAGUGGGGGGGUGAGCCCGAGGGCAGCUGCUACCAGACCUUCCGGCAGUACUGUGGGGCCGCGUGCACCUGCCACGUGCGGAACCCGCUGUCAGCCUGCUCCAUCAUGUAGCGCCCGCCCGCCGCCCGCCGGUCCUCGCGCUGCUGCUUCAGGGAUCCGGCCCUGCCCUGUCCCCCUCCGACCCCUCACCCAUCACAGCUUCUGGCCCCCACCUGUGUGGCAUUGUCGCUGCAACCAACUUUGCCAUUAAAACUCUGCCAAAGUUUGCAUCUUG